CGGUGAAUGGCACCAGACAGUGGCAUUUGGCAUCCGAACCAGCCACCUCGCCUCCCAAGUGGAACAGUUUGUCUUCUGUGGCAAUGGAUGGAAUGAAUGCCAAUUUGCAAUUUUCGAGCUUCGCGCGAUGACCCCCCCCCUCCCCCCGGCGGAGCAUGCAUGCUUGUAUACUGGUAUGGGGUGGGUUGUUUCGUCUUCCAGACUGCAAUACCCUUCGGGCUAGAUUUGUUUAGUGUUCGGGGAACGGGGCUAUUCUUGGUUAACUACUGGGUACCGGGUGACUUGUUCUUGGGGCUUUGGUUACUGGUACAUGUGUGCAGGAGGUUACUGCGCUUCUUGGUGUGGAAUAGCUAUGGGAUAGCUAUGGGAUUAGUCUGGAGGAGGCUACGGAGUGACCUUGGUAGACUGUACAUGUACAGGACAGUACAUACCCCCGCUGGAACACAUUGUGCCCGUUUCACAGACAGCAUUCAAGGUCACAAGUGCAGCAGCAGCAGCAGCAGAAGAGGAGGGGGCGACGAGUCUCCGUACGGAGUAAGCGAGCUACCUACGCGGUACUCCCGAAAUCUACACCUCGAAACCCCCACACGACCCCCCACCGGGAUUGGCCAGGUCAGAGGUCCAGUAUCCCUACCGCUAGCAGGGAGCAAGUCUCUUCCAUCCGGUGUCUCGGGAACCUCCAUGGUAUUGUUCGUAUUGGACACCGAAACCCCGAACGAAGACUUGUGGCCCUUCCGCUGUGAUGAUGGUCUACUAACCACGGAGUACCGUAGCUAGCGGUGAGCCGUGACCUUCCUUCCUGCAGGAAAAGAAAACCACCGGGGUUGUUCAGAGGAAAAAAGAGCGGGCAAACACAGAAGGAACCCGAGUGAUUUUUCUCCCGAUGAAGAAUGGCAAAAUAUUGUCCGACCACAAAAGAAGUCGUUCAUC